AAAUACCCAUUUCCUUAACCACUCACACUAACCAAAAUUUUUAUUAAAAACCAUCUCUUUUAUCUUUUGUUCCAAGAGAAUCCUCCCCGAAAUAUUUAAAGAAAAAUGGUAGAGAAUUUGAUUCUGUACCAUUGUUCUUAUCUGAUUCUCACUCUUUUGUUGAUUUUUUCCUCUUCCAGUACUCGCUGUUUUUCGCUUGUUGAGCUCGAUACGUAUAACACUUUCUCCGUAUCUAGCUUUAGAUACCCUGAAACCCGUCUCAGACCAUUUGAUUCGCGUUAUAUCAGAGUUGAUUUGCCAGCAUGGUUCUCUUCAUUGUCUAUACAGUUGGAAUCAGACGUAGACCUUGAUGUCAAAAGAAUAGCAAAGGUUCCUAUAAGCACUCUGCCAUUGAUCUGCUUGAGGGAUGGCAGUCUCCCUCUGCCGGAUGUCUCAGAGACAGCUCUAAAUGGUUUAGUGUUAGGUUCUCUCUCAAAUGGAUCUUCCAAGGGGUUAGAAGAUCUUGAGUAUGUGGAGCAGUGUUUUCCAAUGCAGAAAAAUAUAUCAGUGAAGUUGACAAAUGAGCAGAUAUCUCCAGGAGUUUGGUAUCUUGGUCUUUUCAAUGGCGUUGGAGAUACAAGGACGCAAUCAAAGAUGAUUGUUCGAGGCUCAUCAUAUUCUUUUAUUGCCAACAUGAGUGUGGAAGGAUGUACAACCUCAACAAUAUGGGGCCAGUUCUGCAACCAGACAGUCAACCCUCUAUCAUGUGCUCGAUCUGACAGUUAUAAUUUUACUGGAAACUUUUCUGAUAGUAAGGUGAACAACGGGACAACUAUAAAUGUGGUUUCUUGCAGAAACUCUUUUAACACACCUUGCCAUGGAAUUGGUGAAACUAAUGUCUACUCCUUGGAUGUGGUGGGAAUCACAGAACAAUUAACCAUUAUGGCUAUGAAUGUCAGUUUCAAUAUGACACCUUCAAAUAACUCUGUAAAUGUUAGUGGAACUAACAUAAUGUGUUUUGCUCGUCAUGGUGCACUGCCUUCAGCAACCUUGUAUGAUUUUUCGGCUGAUAUACAUAAAGAGCCACUGACUAUUCCCUCACCUAAGGUUGGUCGCUGGUAUAUUACUGUUAUACCUGUUAAUCUUUCAAAAGAACUUGGAGAGAUUCAUGAUACUAAUGCACAAGUUUGCUAUUCUUUGGAAUGGCAAGUACUUGAAUGUCCUAUGGGAAAGGCAGGGUUGAAUUGUACGUGGGAAAUAUAUAAUCUUCAGACAGGAAUCAGGAGAGAGUCAUACCUGUUUGAAUCCAGUUAUAUACCAGUCAGUGGAAAAUUCUCCACAGAUUCUGCUGAUUUUCCUCUUGAACCUCUUUUAAGCAACUCGUCUUAUGGUGGAGAAUCAGAUGAUAUUUGGACUUAUUUUCUCAUGGACGUUCCUGUUGGUGCAGCUGGAGGAAAUAUCCACAUCCAACUGACAUCAGAUACAAAGAUGAAAUUUGAAAUAUAUGCUAAAUUUCGAGGAUUACCAUCCCUUCAGAGCUGGGACUAUUACUAUGCAAACAGAACAAAUAGCAGUAGUGGCUCUAUUUUCUUCAGGUUGUAUAAUUCAAGUGAAGAAAAGGUUGAUUUUUAUAUCUUAUAUGCUAGAGAAGGAACUUGGGGUUUUGGAAUAAGACAUGCCAAUACCUCUAGUAGUGAGACUACCAUGUCUGUUUCCCUUGAAAGAUGCCCAAGAAGAUGCUCAUCUCAUGGGCAAUGUAGAUAUGCUUUUGAUGCAAGUGGAUUGACAUCAUACAGCUACUGCUCCUGUGAUCGCGACCAUGGAGGCUUUGACUGCAGUGUUGAAAUUGUAUCUCAUCAAGGGCACAUAUGGCAAUCGAUUGCUCUCAUUGCAUCAAAUGCUGCAGCUCUACUUCCCGCCUAUCGUGCUCUUCGAAAGAAGGCAUUUGCAGAAUGGGUACUCUUCACAUCUAGUGGUAUUUCAAGUGGAUUAUAUCAUGCAUGUGAUGUUGGCACCUGGUGUGCAUUAUCCUAUAAUUUUCUGUUGUCUUGUAAAUGCUAA